UGGGCGGGGCGCUAAGCGGAAGUUGUGUUGUGCGUGGGUCACCUCAGGGCUGGGGAAGAUGGCCCAGAGGUUGAUGGUCCGGCGGCUGCUGUCCCUCACCCCCAGGACACUGCCCCCACAGGGCCCCUUGGCACCGUGUGCACCCCCUGGCAGGCUCUUUGGCACCUCGGCAAGCUGGAGGAGCACCUUCAAUGUGCAGGAUGGCAGUGACUUCCAGGAUCGAGUGGUGAACAAUCCCAAACCCGUUGUGGUGGAUUUCCAUGCACAGUGGUGUGGCCCCUGCAAGAUCCUAGGCCCCAGGUUAGAGAAGAUGGUGGCCAAACACGAGGGGAAAGUGCUGAUGGCCAAAGUGGACAUUGAUGAUCACACAGACCUUGCUAUUGAGUACGAGGUGUCGGCAGUGCCAACCGUGCUGGCUAUGAAGAAUGGAGAUGUUGUGGAUAAGUUUGUGGGGAUAAAGGACGAGGAUCAGCUGGAGGCAUUCCUCAAGAAACUCAUUGGAGCCUGAAGUAAAAGGGUGGCUGUACCUCUGCCUCUGGACGUGUCCAUGUUGUGCAUUCCUUGUUAGGGAGAACCGAGGGGCGUGUGAACUGCCUGCCUUGUACAACCUGGGGUUUUCUUCUGGUUUGGGGUUAUUGGAGAUGGACAGUGUGGUAACCCUUCCCUCCCCACUCCCCCUUCUCCUGAGCAGCAGUUGUAAAAAGUGCUGAGGAGUGGGGCUGCUUAUCCUCAAAAUGAGGAAUGCAGCUGGAAUUAGGAACCUUUGUUUAUCAGCAAAGAGCUGACGUGUGGAGCUGCUGCUAAGCUAAGAGGAGGAAUGUUUUUCUCUUUGCCUAGCAUCUGAUAGCCCAGAGCAGAGGGCAGUUGCUCCUUGCAAGAUGUGGGUACAUACCUGCCCUGGGUGGGUUUAUUUAAAGCUGAGAAUGCCUCUGCCUUGUCUGUGAAACCUGUCUCUUUGUCCCUCUGUCCUUUUGUUGCUGGGACAGGUACAACUCGUCCCUAGAUCCAUGGGCUCCCAUCAUAAUUUUCUAAGAGAAAAUAGAAGUAUUUUAUGGAUCUCCUUUUGUAGGUCUGUAAUAAAGAUAAAUUUAUCGAUCACUGCUGUCUAGCUGGAGAAUAAAACUUGAUUC